AUGAACACCAGCCAUUUUGGGACUCAUGAAAAUGUACUGCUUUGUUAUGAAUCCUCUAACAAGUCUUGCCCAAAACAUGCUUAUUCAGUCGUAGUACGAGCUCCUUUGUACAUUUUAUUAGGGGCUGUCAUAAUUGUUACUGUGUUUGGGAACCUUCUCGUCAUCAUUGCCAUUGUUCAUUUGAAACAGCUCCACACUCCCACCAACUACCUUGUGCUCUCCCUGGCCAUGGCAGAUUUCCUUGUAGGUGUGGUCAUCAUGCCACCUAGCAUGGUUCGCUCACUGGAGACCUGCUGGUAUUUGGGUAACCUGUUCUAUAGAUACUACGCUGUGUGCAAUCCCCUCCAGUACCAGACUAGGAUCACUACCAGUGCUGUAGUAACCAUGAUCAUGAUCAGCUGGAUUUUGUCUGCCGUAUUUGGGUUUGGGAUGAUAUUUCUGCAGCUGAACAUUCUGGGCCUCGAGGAUAUUUACUACCAACAGUUUUAUUGUGAAGGAGGCUGUUUCGUGAUACAAAGCAAAAUAGCCAGUUCUGUUUCCUCUGUUCUCUCUUUUUACAACCCAGGGUUUAUCAUUCUUAGCAUCUACCUGAAAAUCUUCCUAAUUGCACGGAGGCAAGUCUAUUCCAUUCAAAAAAGCGCUUGUCUAAAGAGGAACUCUGCCAGGGCAGGAGACUUUUCGAGUAAAUCAGAGCAAAAGGCCACAAAGACCCUGGGAAUUGUAGUCGGAGUAUUCCUCUGUUGCUGGACCCCUUUCUUUGUGUGUAACACUGUGAAUUCAGUUUUUGGAUAUGAUACACCUUUAUUACUAGAGGUCCUUGUGUGGAUCGGUUACACAAAUUCUGGACUAAAUCCUGUUAUUUAUGCUUUCUUUUAUAAGUGGUUCAGAAGGGCUUUCAGAAUUACUUUGGAGAAAAUGUUUAAAACUCAAGGAAAUUGGUUAUGUUCACCUGUACUCUAG